AUGAAUUGUCCAUCCCGCACCGAAGAACCCCUCGAAGGCGAUGGCAUGAACCAAAACCCCAAUUCCCUGUCAGCUGACCUGACGACGCGGAAUGAUCUGAACGGCAUCGCCAACACGCGCGCGUUGCGACGGAUAGAGAGUGAGAUUCGGACGACGGAGAGCGUGGAGCCGGAUGGAGGAACGGUUGAGGGGCGGGAGAAGGGGGAGUGGAGGGAGGUGGUUGUGGGGGGUGGCGGUCGAGGUGGGAGUGUUGUUGGUGAUGAUGAGGGUGGAAGAGGAAAUCGGUUUGUGAGAGCCAGGGAGAUGGCGGUUACGUUUGGGAAGUUUAUUGGGCCUGGGUUUAUGAUCGCCGUGGCGUACAUCGAUCCUGGUAACUACGCAACAGACGUUGCAGCCGGAGCGACGUACAAGUAUAAACUCUUGUUCAUCGUUCUGAUGUCCAACUUGUUUGCCAUUUUCCUCCAGAGCUUGUGUAUUAAGCUUGGGAGUGUGAGUGGGCUGAAUUUGGCCGAGAGUUGUAGAGCAUUCCUCCCGAAAUGGUUGAAUAUUUUUCUCUAUAUCUUGGCUGAGGGUGCUAUCAUCGCAACGGAUAUCGCUGAAGUGAUAGGAACGGCUAUUGCAAUCAAUUUGCUGAUUCCUCAAAUUCCUUUGGUGGCAGGAUGUGCACUCUCAAUUGUAGAUGUGCUUCUCAUCCUCCUCUUUUACAAGCCUAAUGGUAGUAUGAGAGGGCUACGCGCCUUUGAAAUGUUCGUCAUGGUGCUCGUUCUAGGCGUGGUGAUUUGUUUCUGUAUUCAAUUGAGCUUGAUUGAGAAUACCUCUGUGGGAGAAGUCUUCAAAGGAUAUCUACCUUCUAGUGCAAUUGUAGAAUCUGACGGUCUCUACCAAGCCUGCGGUAUCCUAGGCGCAACAGUGAUGCCCCAUUCCCUCUACCUAGGCUCCGGCAUAGUUCAACCCCGGCUCAGAGAAUACGACAUAAAACACGGCCACGCCCAACCCUACACUGAAAGCAACUCCUCCGAUUCCGAAUCCACUCACAAAGACAUCUACUACCCCUCCCUCAGCGCCAUCAACUUCUGUCUCAAAUACUCCAUCCUCGAACUCUCCAUCGCCCUCUUCACAUUCGCCCUCUUCGUCAACUCCGCCAUCCUCAUCACAGCCGGCGCCUCCCUCUAUGGCACCGACGCCGCCGACGCAGACCUCUUUGGCAUCUACGCCCUCCUCUCCAAAUCCAUCGCCCCAGCAGCCGGAACCAUCUUCGCCCUCGCCCUCCUCCUCUCCGGUAUCAGCGCCGGAAUCGUCUGCACCAUCGCCGGCCAGAUGGUCUCAGAAGGCGCGCUCAACUGGACCAUCGCGCCCUGGCUCCGUCGUCUCAUCACCCGAAGCAUCAGUAUCACACCAAGCAUCAUCAUUGCCGGCGCCGUAGGCCGCGAAGGUCUAUCCGCCGCGCUCAACGGGAGUCAAGUCGCGCUUUCCGUCUCCUUGCCGUUCAUCAGCGCCCCGCUUAUCUAUUUCACCUGUCGUAACAAGUAUAUGACGGUUGGUGUGCAUGCGCAGCGGGAUGGCACGGCGGAUACAGAGGGGCCGGAGGUGGAGACGAAGAAGAUGCGGAAUCAUUGGAUCACGGCCAUCCUAGGCGUGCUGAUCUGGCUGAUUAUUACGGUGAUGAAUAUUGCUAAUUUGGUGUUGUUGGGGUUGGGUGAGGGUGCAUAG